GCUUCAAAUAUCGACCGCAUUCUUCAAUUUUUUCUAAUAAAAUCGUGUCUUGGAUAUUAUUACAUUAUUAUAUCAGAAAAAUUUAUGCAUUAAUCAACCUACAAUACUGUACCAACAAAAUAUACCAUUAUAUAUAUCGAACUGUCAAUGAUUCGAACUCACUGUUUACUGUUCGAUUUUUGAACUUACGAGUAAAUCAACUAUUCGGUGUAUGUUCACAGGUGUGAGGUGGUGACUGAUGACCUUUAUUUUUUAUGGGAAACAAGAAUUUUAAGCACGAGUAAACAAAGCGAUUUAUUUCCAGUUAACUUUAGUUUCAUAACUAGGAAUUAAAUUUUUAUGGUGUAAAUAAAAAAAAUUAUAAAUGUCGCAUAGAUCAAGUUUUCAACUUAACGAUUUAUUUCCCAGAGAAAUAGAUAUCGAAGUGUGUUUAAAAACUCUUCGAAUAUAUCAAAAAUUGGAAGGUGAUGUGAACUGUGUAGUUUGGGAUGCGUCCUUAGUUCUAGCUAAAUAUCUUGAAACAAUGUGUUUUCAUAAACCAGAUUUUCUUAGCGGUGUUAGGGUUCUUGAAUUAGGCUCUGGGCUUGGUGUUGUGGGGCUGACAGCAGCUACUUUGGGGGCCCAAGUCACACUAACAGACUUACCUGAAGCUCUUCCUUUGCUAAGAUUAAAUAUUGCUGAAAAUAAAUCAAAGAUUGCUAGCAUGGGUGGAUAUUCAAUUGCCGAGUCACUUGUGUGGGGCGAUAAAAAUUCAGAUAUCCACAAACAGGAUUUUGAUAUGAUUUUGCUAGCAGACUGUAUUUAUUAUGAAGAUGCUGUUGAUACCUUAAUUGAAACUCUGAAAAGUUUGAAUGACUCUAUUAAUAAAAAACCAACCAUUUAUUUAACUCAAGAAUUAAGGGAUUCAGAAAUUCAGAAAAAACUAUGGAAAUCCUUUUAUGAAAAGUUAACAGAAUAUUUCUAUAUUGAAAAAGUACCUGAGGAGCAGCAACAUAUUAAUUAUAGAAGUUCUGAUAUAGUUUUAUUAAAAAUUACCAAAAAAUGAUAUUUAUACAGUUAUGAUGAAUGGUGAUGGACUGAAUGAAUUUAUGUUGACCAAAUUAAGGCUCUCUCUCUUUGGCUCUCUUAGAAUAAUUUAUAAAGUGUAAUUACUAUUUGUUGAAACAGGUCUAUAUUAAUCAUGCAUUGUUACACAUAAUUGGAAUGUAGACAUUUAACCAAAUAUAUUCUAUGAAAGUAGUAGUCUAUUAAAAAUUAUAAUUAAAAUGUUAACCAUAUAAUUAAAAUAAAUGCAUGAAGAAAUAAUAACAUGUUUAAACUAUAAGACAGUCAGUUAUAUUUUUCUCUCAGUAUUUAAAAAAUCAUGUAAAACACCUGAAAUAGAUAUAAAUCUGCUUCAUAUAGUCAAUAAACCAAUAAAGAACAACUACUUAAUAUA